ACGUGACUAACGUAACUUAUUACACGUUUUCGUUUACAUCGCUAUAGACGGUGAUAACGAGCAAUUUAGCGUGUGCGUUUUUGUGGUUUCUUAAAUCUUUUGCGAAAAAAUGGCGGAGUUUGUGGAAAAACGAUGUGAGGACAUGAUUCCUGAAUUGGAACAAAUGGAAAAACUCAAACUCUUUGACAGAAAAGAAAUUCGGAAUAUAGCUAAAAAAUGGAAAGAAUACGAAUACAAGAUACACCGACACGAGAAGUGCAAGGAAGAUUAUCUUCGAUACAUACAAUAUGAAAUGAAUCUUUUAAAAUUGAUUAAACAGCGCAGGGAUAAAUAUAAGAUCACACAGAAAAAGUCUGAUAUUGAUUAUGCCAUAACUAACAAAAUUAAUAAUUUGUACAAAGACGCAAUAUCAAGAUUUCAAGAUGACCAUAGAUUUUGGAUUGCUUACAUGAAAUUUUGCAAACAUGUGCAUUUUCAUAGUGAUAUUAGCACAAUGUUAAGCAGAAUGUUGCAAAUACAUGGUGAUAAACCAGAAUGCUGGCAUAUAGCAGCAACUUGGGAAUUAGAAGAAAAAAAAAAUAAGCACAAUGCUCAGCAGUUUCUUCUCAGAGGCUUACAACUUCAUCCUGAAUCUCAGUUAUUAUACAUUGAUGCUUUCAAAUUAGAACUAAACAAUCAGCCUACCAUUGUCGAGAACCAGGAAAGUAAUUUGACAUCAGAUGAGUUAACAGUCACAUUGAAAAAAGCUUAUGUCAUUUAUCAACAAGCUUUUGAGAAUAUUAAGGAUAUUAAAUUUAUAGUGGAGUUGCUUAAUAUUGCAAAAGACUAUGACAACACGGAGAACUUGCAAAAGAAAAUGAUUUGUGACAUGAUUAAGGAAUAUGCUCACGAGGCUCUAAUGUGGGAUACAAUGGCGCGUCGUGAAUUCCAAGGUUUGGUUCAGCCGAGUUUCACUGACACGUCGAUGGAGCUUGAGACUACCAAAACACCACCUUCUUUAAGAUGUCGCAUUACGUCUUGCAACAAAGUCUAUCAGACUGCUGUAAAAAAGAUCAAAACCGAAGAGAUGUGGUCGCUAUACAUAGAAUGUCUGUUGGAGAUCAAUAGCGAUGUAGAAUCACUUCCAAAUUUCAAGAAAAAGCUCCUAAAGAUUGCUCUGAUGCAAGCUCAUCGCGCUAAAAAACUUAGGGAAAAAUACUACUUAAUAUGGAUCGAUAUGUUGAGCGUUAACAAAGAUCUGGACGAGAACGUGCGGAAAAAGUUGAACGAAGUGUUGCGUGAAGCUACCAAAAUUGUAACAAACAGCGUUAAUCUUUGGCAAGUGCGAAUUAAUACUUUGUUGCAGGAUGGUCAUGAGGAAGAAGCGGACUCUAUACUUCCCACGGCGACACGAAUGUUGGGCGAGAAAGCGCUAUCUCUAUGGAGACUGCGGAUUUUGCACGCCCAGAUAAAAGGAUCGGAGCAAACCGAAAAAAUAUUCCAAGCUGCUUUAAAGGCACAUCCGAAGGUCGCCAAAGACAUUGGACCUACGUGGCUUGAAUGGCUUGUUUUAGUAAAAGGGAUUUGCGCUGCUCGUAAAGCAUAUAAGAAUCUUUGCUUACAAUCUAUCGAAAACUCGUUGGAAUUACAUAAACAAAUGGCAGCAUUGGAACUUGUGCAACCAAAAGCUUCGCUGGAGGAUAUGCGAAAACCUUACGAUAAUGCGAUCCUUUACUUCGGAAAAAAUAAUAUAUCCAUCUGGUUGGAUUACAUCACGUUCGAGAUAAAUUACGGAGAACCGAAAACAAUUUCCAAGAUAUAUGACAGAGCGAUCAAAACGUUAGAUCGCAGCUUGACGUCUUCCUUUAUAGAAGAAUACACGAAGGCUAAGGAAAAAUUUGUAUGAUAAAUACAUCAUGUGUAUAUGAUGAAAUAUAUAAACUAUAUGUACGUUUCUUUUUGUACAAACUGUAA